AUGGUUUACCUCGGUAAGGGGCGGGUUAACGGGCAGGUUUAUGGGCAGGUCCCGUCACUCCCAGCAGCAGGACAGACAUCUUCAUCCACACGGACUCAUUCAACACAGCGGCGAAACGCGGACGAGGGGGGAAAACUACGCUCAAGAGCUUUGUUUUGGUAGAAGCUGAAGUUCAACAGUGAGCAUGGCGGACGACGCGGACAUGCGAAAUGAGCUGGCCGACCUGCAGACACGUGCAGACCAGAUCGCCGAUGAGUCUCUGGAGAGCACCCGGCGUAUGCUGGCGCUGGUGGAGGAGAGUAAAGAUGCCGGAAUCAGGACUCUGGUCAUGCUGGACGAGCAGGGAGAACAACUUGAACGUGUGGAGGAGGGCAUGAACAAGGUGAACGCUGACAUGAAGGAGGCCGAGAAAGAUUUAAAAGAUGUAGGACAAUGCUGUGGGCUGAUAUGCCCGUGUAUCCAAAAGAUUAAGAGCGGGGGCCAGGCCUGGGGGUCGAACACGGAUGGAGUGGUGAACAGCCAGCCGGGGGCUCGGGUCAUGGAUGAGCGUGAACAGAUGGCCAUCAGCGGGGGAUUCAUCCGCAGGGUAACGGAUGACGCCCGGGAGAACGAGAUGGAUGAGAACCUGGAGCAGGUGGGCGGGAUCAUCGGAAACCUCCGUCACAUGGCGUUGGACAUGGGCCAGGAGAUCGACACCCAGAACCGCCAGAUCGACAGGAUCAUGGACAAGGCGGAUUCCAACAAGACCAGGAUCGACGAGGCCAACCAGCGCGCUACAAAGAUGUUGGGGAGUGGCUAAGCUGCAGUUCAAAGUGCUUUCGUCCCUAUUUAACCCCCCAGCCCCCCCGCAAAAGUAACAACACCAACCGAGCCCGGCCCCGACCCCGACACCGAUGCCGACAGCAGGCACUGCAAAGUCAUGCUUUUAUUGUGAUACUUGUAGAGGUUUGCACACAUGCACAUAUCAAUCAUUGCUUCGCUCCUUUCUCCCCCCCUCCCCAUCCCACCCCCCUCCCAACCGCCAUCCCUCCCGACACUCGUCGAUAUCGUUAUGUGAUGUUGUUCUUGAAAUAAUAGCUCCAUUACAUAACACUCGAACCCUCUCCCAGCUGUACAUAGUAGAACUUUAACGGCUUCCGUGAUCUAGAUCACUCGUCCUGUUUCAUUCAUCCUUUCUCUUUUUUUUUUUAAGUCUUUGUGUAAAAUAAACUGUACGUACUCCUCAUUUACAUGAUGCCCGGUCCGUGGACUUCACGGCCAUCCGUUUUUUGUUUUGAAAUGACAAAAUAAAAAUAGAGAUAUAAUCCAAAAUAAUCCAUUUCCCAUCUUUUGUUUUGAUAAUAAAAAACGGAAAAUGGAUCGUUAUCCGUUAUCCGAUUUC